ACACAAUUCCGUUCCCAGACUCAUUGUUAAAAUAACGCCUCACCACGCUUUGUUCACAAAUUGGUGAUAACACGUUUGACCUUAGCUUCGCUUGAACGCAGCGUUCUCCUAAUCGCAGCCCACAGUUCAAACGGAGUUAUCAUAAUCAGAGCUGCUCAAGUCAUGCCCCCAUUAGUUACAAUUUGCCAUUGAACGUGAGUGCAACUAUGGAGAAUUACAGCAGUGACAGUGAUACAAAUGGAAACAAAGUGUUCGACUUCGCCUAUUUGCUUUUGGAUUCGCAACAACUGGAAGAAAAUCUGAACGAACUAGGCAAGGACUGCACGAAGCGAGAGGACAUCGAGUCGAUUAUUUUGCACCACAACCAACUCACAACGCUCCCCAAAAAUUUGGCAAAAUUCACAAACGUCCAAGUCCUCGAUAUCAGCAACAACGGCCUUACGGCCUUACCUGAUGUUUUCGAGUACUGGCAUUUAACAACACUGGUUGCGAAAAAUAAUCGCUUCAGUAACGAAUCCCUCCCGAAAAGUUUCGCAGAGAGUGCGAGCUUGCGGGAGCUAAACCUGAGCGGGAAUGUUUUCGAACAGUUUCCCGAACAACUGUUUGAGUUUACUAAUUUAAAGUACCUGUACCUAGGAGGGAAUAAAAUUAAAACAAUACCGAAAAACAUAAAGAAAUUAAACUGCCUUCAAAUCUUGUCGAUGGGUGGCAAUCAAUUAGUGGAAGUUCCUUCAACUCUAGGCCAACUGAAGCAACUGCAGGCUUUGGUGCUUUGCGAUAACUUAAUCGAGAGUUUGCCGUCAAAUAUCGCCAAUUUGCACAACUUGAAGUCGCUCCAGUUGCACAAAAACAAACUGCGCACUUUGCCGCCUGAAAUAAUCGCGCUGAAAAAUUUGACUGAGCUGAGUCUCCGUGAUAACCCCCUGGUUGUCCGUUUUGUGAGUAACAUAAAACAUAACACGGCUAGUCUGAAAGAAUUGUCGGCUCGUGUGAUAAAACUGCACCAAAUGCGGGUCGAAAAGGGCGAUAUUCCGGCCAGUUUAUUGAAUUAUUUGGAUUCGGCCCACCAUUGCGUCAACCCGUAUUGCAAAGGUGUGUUUUUUAACAGUCGCGUGGAGCACGUGAAAUUUGUCGAUUUCUGUGGGAAGUACCGACUGCCCUUGCUGCAGUAUUUGUGUUCGACGAAGUGCGUCGAAGACGGCGAGGAGUUGCGCCCCCCUCGCGCCUACUUGAUGAAAAAAGUAUUGUUGGGUUAAAUUACGAGCAAUAAACUUUUAAUACUUU